AGGAAACAAUUGGGACCAAAGUAGAUAAUACUAAUAUAUUACAAAUCCCAACUUCCACCCAAUUAAAACCCCAAAUUUCCACCCAACUCUUAAAUCGUCAAUUAACAAUCUCCGAUCAGUACCCGGUCACAAUGCUCGGCGGUUUAUACGGCGAUCUCCCACCGCCGUCCUCCUCCGGCGAUGACGACAAGCCACCCAACGCCACCACAGCUAACAUAUGGUCCAGCAGCGCCAAAAUGGCUCCUUCCGCCCUCCGUAAACCCUUCGCCCCACCCCAAACACUCCUCCGACCUCAGCCCAAACCCAAACCCCAGCCUUCAUCAGCGCAGAAACCUAACGAGAACACUAAUCCCAAUCCCAAUUUUGCAGCGACGUCGUUUCAGCCGGCGUUGGUGGCUGUUACGAGUAGUGUGUUGGAAGAAUACGACCCGGCUAGGCCGAAUGAUUACGAAGAUUAUAGGAGGGAGAAGAAGAGGAAGCAAAUGGAGGCGGAAGUGAGGAGAGAGUUGGAAGAGAGGGAGAGGAAGGAGAGGGAAAGGGAGAGAGAGGAGAAGGAGAAGAGGGAGAAAGAGAGAGAGUUGAAUAUUUCAGGCGAGGAAGCGUGGCGGCGGAGAGCGGCAAUGAGUAGUGGUGGAGGAGGUGUAGGACCACCGCGGUCGCCUUCACCGCCAUCAGUGAAUGAGUUUAGUAUUGGGAGGUCAGAGAGUGGGGGUUUAGGAUUAGGAGCUGAAGGGAAGAUGACAGCUGCACAAAGAAUGAUGGCUAAGAUGGGGUGGAAGGAAGGUCAGGGACUUGGGAAACUGGAACAAGGAAUUACAACUCCAUUGAUGGCUAAGAAGACUGAUAAGAGAGGUGGGGUCAUAGUGGCUAGUGAAGCAAAACAGCAGCCACCUGAAAAGAAGGUUAAGAGCGUGAAUUUCAAUAUGCCUCCAACGAGAGUCGUGCUGCUUAGGAAUAUGGUCGGUCCUGGAGAGGUUGAUGAUGACUUAGAAGGUGAGGUGGCUGAAGAGUGCACUAAAUUCGGUACUGUAACUCGUGUCUUAAUAUUCGAGAUAACAGAAGCGAAUUUUCCUCAUGAAGAAGCUGUUCGGAUAUUUGUUCAAUUUGAGAGAACAGAACAAGCAACUAAAGCCCUUAUAGAACUUGAAGGUCGAUUUUUUGGUGGUAGGGUUGUUAAUGCCUGUUUCUAUGACGAGGAGAGGUUCGGUAAUAAUGAAUUAGCUCCCAUGCCAGGAGAAAUUCCUGGCUUUUGACCAAGCAGUUAUGGUCCAAAAUCUAAUUUCUCUUUAUUUUACUUUCACUGGGACUCCAAUUUUACAAGCUUUUUACAAGUCUCCAUUGUAUCUAUCUAUUGCCUCAAGUUUACACAAAGCUAUGUGUCAAAAACUGUCAGACAUUUCUCUUGAGUAACUUGGUUUGGAUCCCUUAGAUUUCGCUGUAAUGCAGGGUACUAGGGAGUUAUUGUUUACAGUUGGUUCACUACUGUCAAAUAACUCUCAUGUAUUCUCACUUUGCCAUCUAAAUUCUUAGUUUUGCCUA